UGUGUCUUUAGGUAUGUCGGGUGACCCAUCAGAUCGCGAGGAAGGGGUGGGAUAUGAUGAUAAUGAUCAAGGGACAGCUGAGGCGUCUGUUGAAUUUCACGUUGUUCGCUCUAGUCGAGCUAACUUCUCGGAGCCAGAGGAGGUAGGGACCUCCCAACCUCAAGUCCCGAAGAAAGUAAAGGGGAAAAGCACAACCGUGGAUGCCAGUGGCCGACCUGAUGAUCGUGAUAUUAAAGCGUCUCGGUGCACGACUGGGUUUUUGGAGGCCGUGAGGGCCACUUUUGGUAUCCCGGUAGAGUACCAACUGUCCGUGAUCCCGGAGGGGAAAAAGCUGAACGACGCGCCUCCGAAGGGCACUAUCAUGCUGACCCUGGAGCAUCUCCAGUCCGGGAUCCGCUUCCCUAUCUCGGAGCAGUACAAGCGUUUAAGCAAUUAUUUCGAGGUGCCGCUAUCUCAGAUUCAUCCGAACGGAGUUCGGCAUUAUUCUUGCUUCCUGGAGUUGUGUCGGCAAACCGGGGUGGUAGAUUCUAUGCGACUGUUCUGCUGCUUGUACCUGUUGUCGUUUAAAGAUCGGAAUCAUUUCGCGUACAUCCGGCUUCGAGGAGAGAGGAAAGAGGUGGUAGGAGGCUUAGUUACUGGGAUAACUGACUCCUUAAGGGAUUUCAAAGAGGAUUACUUCCAGAUCACCCACCCGACUGCCUUUGAGGGGAUGGUGACUGCUUGGCAGGACAAGUGUUACAAACCAGAAAAAUGGUUCCAUACCCCUGCCCCUCUGGAACUGGCCGAUAUUAUUAAGCUCCGGGAUGCUUCUCCCGUGGCGGACAAAGCUCAUGCUGAUGAUCUUUGUCCGAAGAAGUUUUUUGAAUUCUGGAAGAGUUCGGAUCCUGUGAAUAAUAUUGAUGUGGCCAAGCUCGCGAGCAAGAAACGCAAAAGACCGGCAGCCCGAGCUGCCACUCCGGCGCCCCCGUCUGUUCCAAAAGCUGCUGCGGAUGCGACCUCGGCUCCGCGGGUUGCGGGUGAUCAAGGGACCUCGACUGCUGGCAUUCACGUUAUCCCGCUUCGGGUUCAACUGCCCGGAGGGAUUUAUGUUCCCCCUACUGCAGAACCCGUGGGGGACAUUCCGUUCGUGGACCUAGGGUCGGCCGAGACCGUGGUGGGACCGAGGCGAGCUGAGGAGGUUCCCGAGGAAGGAGCUCCUGGGGGAGGUGGCCCGAGCACUCACAGGCCUAGACGCGAGAUCCCGGAUCUGCCGGAGAUCUCCUCUGAUACAAGCACCACCGCCCCUGGUCCUCAGACGAUAACUAGGACCAGCUUUGCCGAGUGGGUGAGCCGUCAUAACGAUGGGGCCCGCGCGACAUUGACCGAGCUGCCCAUUGCGGGGGACGUAGCCCGGGUGACCACGCUGCCCAUAGAUCUGGCCCACUACAAGACGCACAAGCCCGAGAAUAUGCUGGCUGCGGUUUCCUCUCUCUGCCUUCAGGCUGCGCAGAUGUCUUACUUGGCCGACCAAAACGCCAAUAAGAACGAGGUUGACCUCCUUCUUGCCAAGGACCUUCUGCUGUCUGCGAGGUCUAGUCUCCGGGAUGCUGAGAAACGAGCUGUCGAGGCGGAGAGGAGGGCCUCGGAAGGGGCUUCCUUGGUGGCAAGUUUAGAAAACCAGCUGAAGGAGUCCGAGGACCGGCGUGUCGAGGACUUGGGAGUCCUGGAGUCUUUGCGGAAGGAUGUUGGUCGGUUGGAGACCGAGAAGGCUGCUGACAAAGAGGAUUUUUCAAAGCAGCUGGCCGACCUAACGCGCCGGAAUGAGUUGGCGAGCAAAGGGCUCCGGGACACCGUGGAUGACCAGAAAAAGAAGCUGGAGGAGGCCACCAAGCGAGUCGGAGAUGCUGAGGCUAAAGUCGCCGAGUCUGCAGCUCGGGAAGAAGGUCUGUAUGAAGACUUCCGGAAAAUGCUAUAUGUCGGGGAGGUCCAGGCCGGGGAGUAUGUGAGGGGCCGGUUUGGAGCUAACGUUGAUGUUUCGGACUUCAAGCUGGACGUGCUGGAGCUGCACCGCCGAGCUAAAGAGCUGCCCGAAGAUUAUGACAUACCGGCAGAUAUUGAAGAUUAUCUGGCCGAUGAUCAGGGCGAGGGCCCAAACUGAGGCAAUUUGUUUUUGUAAUUGUUGAACAAUUUAGUUUUUAGUUUUAUAGUUUUGAACAAUUUUCCUUGUCUUUGUAAAUUUUUGGGAUGUUUGAGCUUUGAGCUCUUUUUGCUAGUUUGAAUAUUUCCUUUCGUAUACUUGUUUUUUCUGAA